GCGACGUGAUUGAGCGCACGCAUCAUCCACCAUGUCCCCCACCAUCUCCCAUCCCCUUCUCCGCAGUCUCCGAUCUUCUCUUUCGUGGCAUGAUUUCUCGUUCCCGCACUCACUUCUCCUUCUAUCAGCCAUUUUCGCAAUCUGCUGUUGGGCAUGGCUUCGUCUCACCCAGAAGAAAACCUCACCCUCGCUGCCCCCGGGACCGACGGGCCUCCCCCUCGUCGGGAACCUGCCCUUCCUCGAUCCGGAGCUCCACACCUACUUCGCCGCCCUCGCGAGGACGCACGGCCCUGUGCUGAGGCUCCAGCUUGGCAAGAAGCUCGGAGUCAUCGUCACGUCCCCAGCCACCGCUCGCGAGGUGCUGAAGGAUAACGACGUCGUCUUCGCCAACCGCGACGUGCCCGUCGCCGGGAGGGCCGCGUCCUAUGGCGGCUCGGACAUCGUGUGGACCCCGUACGGGCCCGAGUGGAGGAUGCUCCGGAAGGUGUGCGUGCUCAAGAUGUUGAGCAACCACACGCUGGACUCCGUCUACGAGCUCCGGCGGAGGGAGGUCCGAAAGACAGUGGGGUAUUUCAGAAUCCGUGCCGGGUCUCCGGUGAAUGUUGGGGAGCAGAUGUUCCUAACGGUGCUCAACGUGAUCACGAGCAUGAUGUGGGGCGGGACGGUGCAGGGCGAGGAGCGAGAGAGCCUGGGUACUGAUUUCAGGCAGGUGGUGUCGGAUAUGACAGAGCUUCUCGGGAAGCCGAACAUUUCGGAUUUUUAUCCGGGUCUGGCCCGAUUCGACUUCCAGGGGAUAGAGAAGCGGAUGAAGGGGUUGGCAAAACGGUUCGAUGGGAUUUUUGAGAAGAUGAUCGAGCAGAGGUUGAAGAUGGAGAGAGAUGGCGGAAGCGAGGAGGGCAGAGAUUUCUUGGAGUUUCUAUUGAAGUUGAAGGAUGAGGAAGAUGCCAAGACUCCUCUCACAAUGACUGGCCUCAAAGCUCUGCUCAUGGAUAUGGUGGUUGGUGGAACGGACACAUCCUCCAAUACAGUUGAGUUUGCCAUGGCUGAGAUCAUGAACAGACCAAGUGUUGUGAGAAAAAUCCAAGAUGAAUUGGAAACUGUGGUCGGCAAAGACAACAUAGUAGAGGAAUCUCACAUUCCUAAACUGCCUUACUUGCAUGCUGUCAUGAAAGAGUCACUGAGAUUGCACCCGGCGCUUCCCCUGUUGGUCCCCCACUGCCCGAGCGCAACCUGUACCAUCGGAGGCUACACAGUCCCGCAGGGUUCUCGGGUCUUUGUCAACGUGUGGGCGAUACAUCGGGAUCCUUCGAUAUGGAGCCACCCGCUGGAGUUCGAUCCUGAGAGGUUUCUCCACGGUAAGGGUGAUUACAGUGGGAACGACUUCAAUUACUUUCCCUUUGGGUCUGGGAGAAGAAUAUGCGCGGGGAUAGCGAUGGCCGAGAGGAUGGUGCUGUUCUCGCUUGCCACGCUCUUCCAUUCCUUCGACUGGAAGCUACCUGAGGGAGAGAAGAUGGAUCUAACGGAGCAAUUUGGGAUCGUCUUGAAAAAGAAAACGCCGCUAGUGGCUAUUCCCUCGCCGCGGUUCUCCGAUCCUCGCCUUUAUGAAUGAGAGCAUCGGUGCAUGUUGGUGUGGUUUCUUUACAAAAUCUUAUGUGGAUAGAAUGAGGGUGAAAAGUGCAUCUCCCUAUCUCCAUAUGGUUAAUUAAACUCCUAUCUGCUCGGUUUGGUUUGAUUUAUGUAGCAGUGAUAUAUGUACUGAAAGUAACAAAAGUCAUAUUUUCAUAUCACUUUUGAUCGUCUGUCAAUAAA